CCCUCAAGGAAUUCCCUUCAUUUAUCAUUUCCUUUUGUUCAACUUUCCGUUUUGUUUUUGUUUUUGUGUCAAAGCAAUAAGCUUUAGAAUGAUACUAUCAUCUGUAUGAGUAGAUUGUUGCCAUCAUCUUCUGAGAGUGCCACUUGAAAUAGUGAAUUAGUGAUAGUUCAUCAUCGAGAACUUCAACGAUCCGUAUGUCACGAGGAAGACUUCCUAUAAUGGAUUUAAAACAAGCUUAUGAUGUUGAACUUAUGAGUUCUACUUCUAAAAUUCAGCAUGAACUGUGGCCAUUAGAUGAAAUUGAUUCAAGGAAUGCAAAGUUCCCUUGCUGUCUAGUUUGGACUCCUCUCCCUGUUGUCUCAUGGUUGGCACCCUUCAUUGGACAUCUUGGCAUUUGCAGGGAGGAUGGAGCUAUUCUCGACUUUUCAGGAUCGAAUUUUGUGAAUGUUGAUGAAUUCUCUUUCGGUGUCACAGCUCGAUAUGUUCAACUUGAUAGAGAAAAGUGUUGCUUUCCUCUGAACAUGUCCGGGCACACAUGCAAGCAAGGUUACCAGCAUUCCGAGUACGGGACAGCGAUCACAUGGGACGAUGCGUUGCGGUCGAGUGUGCGCUACUUUGAGCACAAGAGCUACAACCUCUUCACAUGCAACUCUCACUCAUUCGUCGCCAAUUGUCUCAACCGACUCUGCUACAACGGCUCAAUGGAUUGGAACAUGCUAACCGUGGCUUCCCUAAUACUAUUCAAGGGUCAUUGGGUUGACAACAUGUCGAUAAUAAGAUCUUUCCUCCCUUCCAUGGUGGUGCUCUGCCUCGGUUUAGUAUUGGUUGGCUGGCCAUUCUUGGUUGGACUGUUCUCAUUCUCUCUGCUCCUUAUGGGGUGGUUUGUGUUGGCAACUUUCUGUCUCAAAACCAUUUUGGAAUGCUAGAGCCUAGAGCUAUUGUUCAAAGUUGAAGGUUACUUGAUACAAUAAUUUUUUUUUUUUUUUGAAAAAUGUUAACUUUGCAGACUAAUCUGAUCCAUAAGGUGAAAGCUAAAGAUCACAGGAGAGGGGAAGUUUGUUAGAUUUGUCACAUGAAAUCCUCGAAUCUGCAGUAUAUUUUGCCUUUAAAACAGUGGACCACAACAACUCCCCACCCCCAGCAUGUUCCUAUCAUUUAACUGGUAAUC